AUGGGCGCUCACUCUGCUAUCUGGCAAGGCUACGUCGACUCCAGCCUGAUGGGCUCGGGUCAAUUCGACAAGGCCGGUAUUCUUGCCGCUGACUUCUCCGGUCUGGAGGCUGGUUCCCCCGGGUUCGAGCUCUCCCAGGAAGACAUCAACACCCUAGCCGCGGCCUUCACCUCCGCCGACAACGCCUUCGCCAACGGUUUCUCCAUCGGUGGCGAGAAGUUCGUUACCAUCAAGGCUGACGAGCGCAGUCUGUACGGCAAGAAGGGCAAGACCGGCGCCAUCGUCGUCCGCGCUUCCGCCUGUACUAUGAUCGCCCACCACGGCGAGGGUGCCCAGACCACCAACGCCGCGACUGUCGUGGAGAACUUGGUCGAUUACAUCAACAACCCGCAAUAA